AUGGAGAAGCCCGACGAGAGCCGGAAUGGCUACCUGGAGGCGACGGUGGUGUCGGGCUUGGAGGCCGGGGAGGACGCGGCGCGUCGGCCCCGCCUGAAGCUCUUCCAGCUGCGGGGCUUGGGGGGCUUCCUGAGGAGGAACUGCAUGGUGAUCCUGACGGUGUCCGGGGUGCUGCUCGGCGUGGCCAUGGGCACCCUGGUGCGGCGCCUGCACCUCAGCCCGGCGCACGUCGCCUACCUGGCCUUCCCGGGGGAGAUGCUCCUCCGCAUGCUCAAGAUGAUCAUCCUGCCGCUGGUGGUCUGCAGCCUGGUCUCGGGCGCCGCCAGCCUCGACACCCGCUCGCUGGGCAAGCUGGGCGGCAUCGCCGUCGCCUACUUCUUGAUCACCACCCUGCUGGCCGCAGCCCUCGCCGUCGCCCUGGCCUUCAUCAUCAAACCUGGCCUGGGCGCCGGCAACCUCAACAAAAACUCCCUGGGCUUGGAUGACACCGCGCCCACCGGCAAGGACACGGUGGACUCUUUCCUGGACUUGGCAAGAAACUUGUUCCCAGCAAAUCUUGUUGCAGCAGCCUUUCGAUCGUAUGCCACCGAUUAUAAAGCCAUAGUAAGAAACGCAACUAUCGGAAACGUUACCAUUGAAAAGUAUAUUACUGAUUACAACGCAGUAGUGAUAAAUGGAACUUCAGUUGUUGGAAAUGCUUCGAUUGAAAAGUUCCCAGUUGGCACGGAUAUUGAAGGAAUGAAUAUCUUGGGGCUGGUCCUCUUUUCUCUGGUUUUGGGAGUUGCCUUAAAAAAGCUUGGCACUGAAGGAGAAGAACUCAUCCGUUUCUUUAAUUCUUUCAAUGAAGCAACCAUGGUCUUAGUAUCUUGGAUUAUGUGGUAUGUACCUAUUGGCAUUACAUUUCUUGUUGGAAGCAAGAUAGUGGAAAUGGACGACAUCAUGCUUCUGGUGGCGAGCCUUGGGAAAUAUAUAUUUGCUUCGAUUUUGGGCCACUUCAUCCAUGGACUGGUCGUUUUACCACUUAUUUAUUUUGCAAUUACACGCAAAAACCCAUUCACUUUUCUGCUAGGACUUAUAACACCGUUUGCAACAGCUUUUGCCACUUGUUCCAGCUCUGCAACUCUUCCAUCAAUGAUGAAAUGCAUCGAGGAGAAUAAUGGAAUAGACAAAAGAAUUAGCAGGUUUAUUCUGCCAAUUGGGGCCACGGUGAACAUGGAUGGAGCUGCCAUUUUUCAGUGUGUCGCUGCUAUCUUUAUUGCCCAGCUGAACAACCAUGAGCUCAAUAGCGGACAGAUCUUCACCAUUCUUGUAACGGCAACUGCAUCCAGCGUGGGAGCUGCUGGAAUCCCAGCGGGAGGAGUUCUCACCAUAGCUAUUAUCUUGGAGGCAAUUGGACUCCCCACCAAUGAUAUCUCCCUCAUAUUGGCUGUCGACUGGAUUGUGGACCGGACCACUACAGUUGUGAAUGUAGAAGGGGAUGCCUUUGGAGCAGGUAUCCUUCAUUAUCUGAAUCAGAAAGAAGCCAAGGAGAAAGCAGAAGAAACACUAAAUGAAGUCUGCGUAGAAGCCGUUCCAAACAGCAAGGCUGAGGGGGAAACGUCACCUCUGGUAAUGCACAGAAGCCAAGACAUCACAUUUGCCGCUCCGCCACCUAGCACUAAAGAUCUAGAAUCUAAAGAGUCAGUCCUAUGAAUGAGAAGGAGCGGGGAGGCACUUUGAGGACACUGUAUGUUGGAGACAACAGCAUAUUUAACUUGGAGCAGACCCAAGCGGCCGUUUGGAUUGAACAGAUGCGUCCCUUUUCCAUUUUGGUGGUAUGGAACACUGUGGUAGCCAGUCACAGACUACGUGUGUGCGCGCGCAUUUCUGGUGUGUUUCCCCCUUUGAGUGCAGACACUUUUGUGAUGAGGUAGUGAUGUUUCAUAGUUUUGCGUGUGUGCAAAAUAUGCAACACUCGUGCGCUGAUACGAGUGAAAGCAAGGUGUUUGCUUUUUGCUGGAACACUAAAGGCCCACUCUGAGAGGUAGAUUUUGACAGCUGGAUCGUACUAGGCAAGGUCACCUUGAUAGCCUAGCUUGUACGGGGAGACAAAUUGAGUUCUCUCCCUUUAUUACAUCAAGCCUGCCCUGUUGUAUUCUGAAAGGCCCUCUCUCUGUGAAGGGAUAAGUCUUCUUGAUUCUAAGGCCAGAGAUUAUGGGAUUAUGUUUCUGCUACCAGUUACUGGAUAACUCUUGAUAAUGCAGAGUGGACUUGAACCAAUGUAUGCCAGACAUGCAUGCCUAAUGGAAACUAGUCCUAGCUAUUCUAAAAAGUACAUUCUCAUUUACUGUAUUUUUUGCUCUAUAAGACUCACUUUUUCCCUCCUAAAAAGUAAGGGGAAAUGUGUGUGCGUCUUAUGGAGCGAAUGCAGGCUGCGCAGCUAUCCCAGAAGCCAGAACAGCAAGAGGGAUUGCUGCUUUCACUGCGCAGUGAUCCCUCUUGCUGUUCUGGCUUCCGAGAUUCAGAAUAUAUUUUUUUUCUUGUUUUCCUCCUCCAAAAACUUGUGGUCUUGUGGUCUUAUAGAGUGAAAAAUACGGUAUAUUUCUCCUAUCCCCCUCCUGCUAAGCCACACUAUCUGUGUAUGUUAAACAUUGGGAUAUUUGAAAAGAAUCUUUAGCUGCUCCAACUAAGAAAUGUCAAGAACCUGUAACUAUACAGGAAUGGCCACAGUGAACUUGAUGUGACAAGUUCAAAGACUGUUUUACACAAGACACUUAAUUUGCCUCUGAGCAUCUCUUGGCUCCUUUAUUCUAACAUCUGGCUAUUGUUUAGACAGAUGAAAGGCAUUUGUAAUGUAAUUGAACAUUCUGGAUUAUUGGUAAGUGUUAGCAUCCAUAUUACAAACCUGAUUGAAGAAAGACUGAUUUAAGCUUCCUGUGCAGAUAUUCUCAUUCUGGUUUCCUUCUUAUCACUGGUACUAGUUAACACACAUUAUUACUUAAGGCCUUAAACCUCAAGAAUGCAGACCAAAGAAAAGACUUGAAGCAGUAUAGUCAUUAUUUUCUCUAUGACUGUUAAAGUGCUUGUUCUUUGCUUUAGAAGAGCAGUUCUUGACCUCUAAUGCACUACUACCAACUAUUUCUGCACCAUUAUCAUUAAAUGCCCCCUAAGCCAUAGGUAAGAAUUGGGACAUAAAAACAGGACUCCAGAAAAGGCAACUUAUUCUAAUAUAUAGGAAUAGAGAGCUGUUGCAAAUGCAUCCCUGCUCAGAAUACAUUUAAUACAUUAUAUCGACUGUUUUGGAGGAAGAGAGAACAGAAUGAGAGCCUGACUACCUUUCCCCCAAACAGGUACAGUGGUACCUCAGUUUUUGAACGUUUCCGUUGAUGAAUGUUUCAGUUUUUGAACGCCGUAAACCCGGAAGUAAAUGCUUCCGUUUUCAAACGCGCCUUGGAAGUUGAACGGCUUCCACUGAGUGUACAGUGGUACCUCGGGUUAAGUACUUAAUUCGUUCCGGAGGUCCAUUCUUAACCUGAAACUGUUCUUAACCUGAAGCACCACUUCAGCUAAUGGGGCCUCCUGCUGCUGCCGUGCUGCCGGAGCAUGAUUUCUGUUCUCAUCCUGAAGCAAAGUUCUUAACCCGAGGUAGUAUUUCUGGGUUAGCGGAGUCUGUAACCUGAAGCGUAUGUAACCUGAGGUACCACUGUAUAUGUUAUUUUUCUCAAUUUUCUCUAUUAUUUUUGUAAACUGCCCUUUGUGCCUCGGUUUCUGAACUCGAACAAUCUUCCGGAACGGAUUACGUUCAAAAACCGAGAUACCACUGUAUUUUAACACCCAGCUGGGACUUCUGGAUUGAGCUUUGAAUCCAGGCACUCUCCCACAAAACCCUGGCUUGUGCUUCUUUGUACAAGAUGGGGAGCCUUUUAGUGUAGGAUAAAAUGGGAUAAGCUGAGAUGAACUCCUCCUUGAUACAUGGAUAGGAAACUUUUGAUUAUCUUACUAAUAAUAAUAAUGCUGAUUUCUUA